UUCAACGGUUGGUAAACAAAGCGCAAAACUGAGCAACCGAGUGACAGCUCCACAAAAAAGCAACUCCAGCAAGCAAGCGCAGGCCUCUCCUUCUCUCUCAUCGCGUGGUGUGUACAGUGUCCUGCGGCUGCUGUCCCGCAGGGGAGCUCACGGCUACUGUUAGAGCUCAAGCACCAAGGCUCCAUAGUCUCCCUCCAUACCCCAGUUACCAACAGCACCACUGGUAGCCUAGUACCACCCGCCUGCUGGUUCAAGAAUCUUCCUGCUUUCCCCAAACAGCGCCAACCUUUGUCUAUGGCUUCUGCUUCUUGAUCUGUGGUGGGUCUCCCGGUGUCUCAAUCUCAAUCCAAGAUCAGUGCCAAUCUAUCUCAGGCACCUUUUCCCCUUCGGUGCUAGCAAAAAAAAUCCCAUCUUUUGACCGCUGGAGCUUGGGAAAUGGGUUUUGCAGCAGGAUGUUUCUUCGAGGCAUACUAAUUUGAUGCAAGAUUUUUAGAUUGUAUUGGCUGCACUGUCCUAGAGCAAAGGUUCUUACCAGUGAGAUAUUUUGUUCCAAAAAGGAAGCAACAAGACAAAAAGAAUAGGCCGCAUCUAGAUAUCUUCUUCAAAGCUUGUAGCUUCAGCUGUUGCCUGGUACACACAUCUGCAGCCUCUGCUGAAUUGAACCAAUGGGUAGGGGGAGAGGCAGAGGGAGGAAGCAGCUCAGCAAUGGCAGGAACCAUGAGGACAAGGGGAGCAGCGGUGAGGAGGUCGUCGUGCCUGCAAGGAAGAGGAGGGGGCGGCCCCAGAAGCGUGUCGCCGCUGAGAAGAUCAUUGAAGCGGAGGUGAAAAAGUUGGAGGCCGAUGAUGGCGAUGAGGACUAUGUGGUGGGAGCAGGGGAUGGUGCCAAACUUAAGGGUUCAAGAACAGAGCAUGCUUCUGCAGGAGUUGGUAGCAACAAGAGGAACAGGGUGCCCAAGGAAGAAGAAGAUGGUUCAAAUCUUGACAUGGAGGAGAACAGCUCGAGCACUCGAUCUAGCAAUGAUGAGUCCACCAGGUCCAAUGGGUUCCGGCAGUCAGGGAGCCGUCGGAAGAGCACGCCACGGCGGGCAGCUGAGGCGGGGCUAUAGUUGAAUUGGAAUGGAAUUCUUGGGUAUCAAUUAGGCAGCUGCUCUUCAAUUUUGCCACCUUCAUAUUUUUUAGUAGUAAUCUUCAAUUUUGUGUCAUCUUGGUGUUUGCUAGGUCCUACAUGAGUGUAAACAUAUACUGAUUGCAAAGUCAUCAGAAGUUUUGCUUAUGUCGAAGAAAAUGUAUGAACUACUGGAGCUCCACAUCUAGUUGCUAUAUGCUACUGUGUUAUGCAUGUUUUCUUCUCAUA